CUUGCGUGGUCGACUGACUAACGAGUGCUCGCUGGGGUUUUUCAAUGCUCGGGGCACAGCAAAGUUGAUUAGGUGGAUUGGAUUAAUGAGUUGUGUCGCCGGCCGAUGUGAAGCACUUUGCGCGAAUUAUUUCAGUGCGAUAUUUUCGAGGGAACAAGUUUUUCUGCCAAAAAGUUUGUUGUAAAAAUUUUGCUCGCGGAUAAUUAUUCAGAUCUUGAAGUAGUUGAAAUGCCCGCUGCGUAUGCAUAUUAUGAAAAUUGAUGUUAUUAUAGUUCGGAGUUGACCAGAGGAGAUUCCAGAAUUAUGCAAAUUGAAGAAUAAUUGGAGAAGAGUAAUUGUGACAGAGAAUUCUUGCAAAAGAAAAACUCAGUCUAUCAACAGCAAGAGGAUUUCCCUUUAUCAACGAUGCCUAGAAGCGUGGGCAGCGCCAGCGUAAGCAGCGCCCGGGUGGGCAGCAGGACCAGCAUGGGCAGCGGGCGAGGAGUCGCCGCCACGCCCCCCUCCAGCGGCGGCGGGCUGAGCGUGUGGGACGCCGCCGUGAGCGAGGCCCGACGGCGCCGCGCCGACCCGCACAACGCAGAGGGCGAGAAGGCGCCGCGAGAGGCCACGCUCCUCGUCGUCGGAACGCGCGGCGCGGGUAAGACAACGCUGCUUCAGAGGUUCCUUGACCGCGAGGAGCCCCCACGCACCACCCUUGCCCUCGAGUACACUUACGGCAGGAAGAGCGGAAAGACACUGGUGAAGGACGUGGGUCACCUGUGGGAACUCGGCGGUGGGAUGCUGUUCACGUCCCUGCUGGCCACGCCCAUUACCCCGCGCAGUCUGUCGCAGCUGACCGUGGUUCUCAUGCUCGACCUCUCUCGCCCCGAGACUAUCUGGGCGGACCUUGAAAAACUUCUCGCUACUUUGCAGGAGGAGAUACAGAAGGUGGUUGCGGAGACGCCGGGUCUGAUGGAGCAGCUGGAAGAGGCGGCGGCCAAGAGGCGCGUGCCUGACCACCAGGUGAGUCUAGAGGGCCUCUGCUCAUAGCUCCAACAUUCGUUCUUUUUCCCUAAAUCUUUCUGUGUUUUGCGACACCCGGUUGUCUUCUGUCCUUGUCUUCGUGC